GCCUAUGUAAUAUAACUAAUAUUGCUGCUUGCAAUGCUUGCAAUGCUUGCAUUGCCUUGCAAUAUUGCAUGUAGUGCCUUGCACUUGCCGAGUUCUAUGUAGCAAUUCCCCCAACCGCCGGUUCACUCCGCAUACUAACUAACGUAGAUUCGCCUAGUGGUGCACACAUGGCGCCACUUUUUCUUUUAGUUUCCCCGAUUUAGGAGUUUAACCAUCUUAGCACAUCUUUAAGCUAUUACGCAUGUAGUAGUUAGCAUGGCAAGCACGUAAGUUACAUACUAUGUACUACCUGCUGCCACUGCCAGACUGCCAGUCAGUGCCAGAUAUGUUAAAACCCAGGACCCACCACGAAAUUGGUUGGGAUUUUUAUUUCCCACAAAUGGCCGACAUCGAUAUCUGAAGCUGACCGCUUGCGCCUACAUAAUUCACUUCCCCUACCCACUUACACUUUUCAGAGCAUGCUAUCACCCAAUUGCUAACAGACAAGAACUUAUCUGUUAAUUCAGCAAUUGCAAGAGCCCUGCCUCUCUAGGAUACGCAAUCCAGCUGAGCUCCAAAGGGCAGCAACUCACCUUCAAGAUGUCGCUACCUUUGUCCUCAAAGGCAUACAUCGACGGGAUAUAUAUCCCGGCCGGUUUACUAGUGGUGGGAACCUUGAUCGUCAAGCGAGAAUGGACACCUUUCGCCGCCCUCAUCGCCAUUGUCUUGGGUUCUCUUAAGUACUGGCGUACACUACCCAAGAAGGUCUUGAAGCCGGAUGUUUUCCAAGAAUUCGAGCUCAAAGAGAAGACGAUCAUUUCGCACAAUGUUGCCAUGUUUGUUCCCCUCAUUUAUUUAUUAUCUCUAUUUCUUUUGUUACUAACAACGUGCAGUUACCGAUUUUCCCUACCCUCCCCGACGUCCCUUCUCGGAUUACCUAUCGGUCAACACAUUUCCAUUGGUGCUGCUAUCCCGCAACCCGAUGGCUCUACCAAGGAAAUUGUGCGAUCAUACACACCUAUCUCCGGCGACCACCAGCCUGGCUAUUUCGAUCUCCUCAUUAAGUCGUACCCAACCGGCAACAUCUCCAGACACAUGGCAUCGCUUGUUGUGGGCCAGACCAUUCGAGUGAGGGGGCCAAAGGGCGCAUUUGUCUAUACUCCUAAUAUGGUUCGCCAUUUCGGAAUGGUUGCUGGUGGCACUGGUAUCACACCCAUGUUGCAGGUUGUUCGGGCAAUUAUUAGAGGACGAGCCGCGGGUGAUAAGACCCAGGUUGACUUAAUCUUCGCCAAUGUCACCGAGCAAGAUAUCUUGUUGAAAGAAGAUCUCGAUGCGCUAGCAAAGGAAGACUCCGGUUUCAGAGUUCACUACGUUCUGGACAAGCCUCCUGAGGGAUGGACCGGUGGUGUUGGCUUUGUGACAGCUGACAUGGUUACUAAAUGGCUGCCAAAGCCCGCCGACGACGUUAAGAUACUGCUCUGUGGCCCGCCGCCCAUGAUUGGGGGACUCAAGAAGGCAGCAGAGAGUCUUGGGUUUAAGAAGGCCCGCCCCGUUAGUAAAUUGGAAGACCAAGUGUUCGCAUUCUAGAGCGCGUUGCAUAUCGCAUCUUGUAGGAUACUUGGGGAUUUUCAGUAAGACGAAUGGCGCAUCCAACCUCUCAACAUGCACGAAGUUAGCAUACCACGUGGAGGAAAUCGGCAUCUUAAUGCAUGUUGAUUA